CCAAGAUCAAAUUUGUAACUCAAAAUGGAAUACCAAGAUCAAAUUUGUAGUGGAUGAAUCAAUUCCCUUCAAAUAUGCUAAAGGACAUAGACUAUUAAAUAUUUGUACAUUUGGUCUUAAUUCAAUGAUAAUUGGUGACCUAUCACUGUCAUAUUGUAGUGCUUUUGAUUUUUCUCUUAAUUUAAUUGACCUACUCCCCUUCCAGAAAAGUAAUUGCAUUGACUCCCUCUUCUUUGGUUGCCCUCUUUAUUUUACUACCCAUGCAUAUAAUAUUUUUAUAAAACAAAGACAAAAAAAAAAAAACACCUUGAUUAAUCAAAGCAAAAUUCUCUUAAUCUUUCUUCCUUUGAUAUCACACACAAAAAAAAACUCUCUUUUCCUACUUUCAUGGCUUUCAAAAUCAUACUUCUUUUGAUAGUACUUCAUACUUUAACACACAUAAUCUUUGCUCAAGAUUCAAUUGAGUUCAUCUAUAAUGGGUUUAAAGAUUCCAACUUUCAUCUUGAUGGAGCUGCAACACUUCACUCUAAUGGAUUAUUACAGUUAACUAACUAUUCAAAACAGUUAACUGCUCAUGCUUUUCACCCAAUUCCAUUAAAUUUUACUUCUUCAUCAUCUCAUUCAUUUUCCACAAGUUUUGCUUUUGCUAUGUACCCUGAAAUUCAAGCCAUAAGUGGUCAUGGAAUUGUGUUUGUUCUUUCUCCUACAAUGAAUUUUCCUAAUGGUGUUGCAGGCAAGUAUUUUGGACUUUUUAACUCUUCAUUAGAUUUUUUACCUUCAGACAAUAUAUUUGCUGUGGAAUUAGAUACUAUUGAGGAUAUUGAUUUCUAUGACAUUGAUAGUAAUCAUGUUGGAAUUAAUAUCAAUAGUCUGAUUUCAAAUGCAUCAGCACCAGCAGGUUAUUUUUCUGAUACUGAGAAUCAGAAUAAGAGCGUUAGUCUUAUAAGCGCGAGACCAAUGCAAAUAUGGAUUGAUUAUAAUGGAACAACCAUGUUAGUGCAUGUUACAAUGGCUCCUCUUAAUAUCCCUAAACCAAGUAGACCUUUGUUAUCUUUACAGGUUAAUCUUUCUGACAUUGUAUCAGAUACCAUGUAUGCUGGUUUCGCUUCUUCUACUGGUUCGGUAGCUAGUAGUCAUUAUCUACUUGGUUGGAGCUUCGCACAGGGUGGGCGAGAGGCUCAAAAUCUUGAUAUCUCAAAUCUUCCUAGGCUUCCUCGUUAUGGAAAUAGAAGUCGAAAACUGAGUGUAGGUUCUAUGGUCUUGGUGAUAGUAAUAUCAGUUGUUGUGUUCAUAAUUGGUGUAGUUUUUUACAUCAUAAGAAGGAAGAAAUAUGAGGAAGUUGUAGAAGAUUGGGAGCAAGAAUAUCACUUGCAAAGGUUUUCAUUUAAGGAUCUUUACAAUGCAACAAAAGGGUUUAAAGACAAAGAGUUUUUAGGAGCUGGAGGAUUUGGGAAGGUCUAUAAAGGAGUGUUAAGUUCCCCAAAACUUGAAGUUGCUGUUAAAAGAGUUUCACAUGGUUCAGGCCAAGGGAUGAGGGAAUUCAUAGCAGAAAUUGCUUGUAUGGGGAGGUUACGACACAGAAACUUAGUACAACUCUUAGGAUAUUGUCGAAGGAAAGGCGAGUUGAUCUUAGUCUAUGAUUACAUGCCUAAUGGUAGUCUAGACAAGUAUCUUUACGACAGUGACAAACCGAAUCUUUCAUGGAACGCGAGAUUCAAGGUCAUUCGUGGUGUGGCUUCUGCGCUUGUAUACCUUCACGAAGAGUGGGAGCAAGUAAUUAUUCAUCGAGAUGUCAAGGCUAGUAACAUUCUACUAGAUGUUGACAUGAAUGCAAGAUUAGGUGAUUUCGGACUAGCUAGAUUAUAUGAUCAUGGAACUAAUCCUCAAACUACCCAUGUAGUUGGAACUGUUGGAUACCUGGCACCAGAGCUUACUAGAAAGGGUAAAGCAACUACUAGUACUGAUGUGUUCUCAUUCGGGGUAUUCGUUCUUGAAGUUGCUUGUGGUAAGAGUCCAAUUAGCACCUUUCAAGGUAGUUCAAAUGGAGAAAUGUAUCUGGUUGAUUGGGUGAAUGAAUGUUUGAAGAAAGGAGUACUACUCGAGGCAAGCGAUCCUAAACUAGGACGGGACUAUGAUGCUGAUGAGAUGGAGCUAGUUUUGAAGUUAGGAUUGCUGUGCUGCCAUCCUAAGCCUGAAGGAAGACCUAACAUGAGGCAAGUGAUGCAGUUUCUGAAUGGUCAUAGUAUUUUGCCUGAAAUGCUUCCUUUUGAUGCUAAAGCUGCUAAUACAACAUUCAGCAAUCAAAAUUUGAGUUCAUUUCCAAUAUCUUCUGCUGGCACCUCUGCUUAUGCCUCAUAUAGCAGUGAUUCUAUAUUAAAAGUCGGUCGUUAGAUCUAGUGUUAGUGAAUGUAAUACUCUAAAAUAAUUGAUGAUUACAAGUUCUUCUUUCUUCCUUUAAUGUUCAUAACCAUUCCCUGCAUCUGCAGGGUUUUGUAAUGUCUGGUUCUGAUAGAUGUAAAGAGAUUUUCAGACAAUUUUUUCAGGUUACUUUGCUUCUAGUGCUUCAAGUAGAGCAAUUCUUGUAUGA